AUAAAGUUUUUGCUUUCCCAAUAUGGCGGCGCCCAUGAGCUUCUCCGCCGCGUGGGCUUAGAGACGGAGCUUGUGCGCAGUCACAGAAUUUUAGAUUUGGAACUGACCCUGGCAGAUGUCUAGACCAACCCAGACCCAAAAGGAAUCCCUCUUAUAAUGUACCUGAAAAGCUGUCUGAUGGCCUCUGCUUGAAGACUUCCACGGAUGGGGAGCUCACCACCUCCAGAGGCAGGCUGUUCCAAUUUGGGACAGCUCUAAUUACUGGGAAGUUUUUCCAGACUUGAAGCAACCACCAUUGCAGCCUGAAGGAUGACUUCCACUUGGCAGAGAUUUGGCAUUUAUUCCUCAUUUCUGAAAGGGCUGCUGAAGAUCCGGCCAGAUGCUGUUAAUUGGGAAGGGAAAUUAAUUCCAGGAUGUAGCCGAUGCAUUUACAGUGCGACGGGGAAGUGGACAAGAGAUUAUACUUUGCAGACCAGAAAGGAAGUUGAGAGAUGGUGGCAUCAAAGACUCAAGGAAGAGUUCUUCAAAAUGUCGGAAGUGGAUAAAUCGAAGCCCAAGUUUUAUGUGCUCUCCAUGUUUCCUUAUCCUUCGGGAAAGCUUCAUAUGGGCCAUGUCCGUGUCUACACAAUCAGCGAUGUCAUGGCGAGAUUUCAGAAAAUGAGAGGGAUGCAGGUUAUUAAUCCGAUGGGAUGGGAUGCCUUUGGCUUACCUGCUGAAAACGCAGCAAUUGAGCACCGUCUGCAUCCACAAAGUUGGACACAAAGUAAUAUUAAACACAUGAGAGAACAGCUUGAUAAACUAGGCCUGUGUUUCAACUGGGAUCGGGAAGUAACUACCUGUUUGCCAGAUUAUUACAAGUGGACCCAGUACUUCUUUAUUAAGUUAUAUGAAGCUGGACUGGCCUACCAAAAGGAGGCCUUGGUUAAUUGGGACCCAGUGGAUCACACAGUGCUUGCUAAUGAACAGGUAGAUGAAAAUGGCUGUUCUUGGCGUUCCGGAGCAAAGGUGGAACAGAAGUACCUGAAGCAAUGGUUUAUUAAGACAACUGCUUACGCCAAGGCGAUGCGUGAAGCUUUGGCCGACCUUCCUGAGUGGUAUGGAAUAAAAGGAAUGCAGGCCCAUUGGAUAGGAGACUGUGGUGGAUGCUAUUUUGACUUCACUUUGAAGGUGAAUGGCAAAGUAACUGAGGAGAGGUUGUCGGCUUAUGCUUUAACCCCGGAGGCUGUCUAUGGAGCAUCCCACAUAGCCAUCUUACCUAGCCAUCAACUCUUACAUGGGAACAGUAGUCUGAAGGAAAUCUUUCAGAAGACAUUCAUCCCAGGCAAAGAUUGUCUCACACCCGUGACUGCUGUAAACAUGCUCACCGGUCAAGAAAUCCCUGUUGUCAUUGUGGCCAGAACAAAAUUGGAAGGCUCUCUAGACACAAAAAUAGGAAUUCCUGCCACUAGCUCAGAAGAUGCCAAAAUAGCCCAAAAUCUGGGUCUCCCUUUCACAGACGUAAUUGAAACCUUGCCAGAUGGCACUGAAAAACUCAUCAACUCUGCUGAGUUCACAGGCAUGACUAGGCAAGCAGCCUUCGAAGCCCUGACCCAGAAAGCCAGAACUAGCGGAGUAGGUGGAGAGAUAACAAGUAACAAGCUAAAAGACUGGCUGGUAUCUCGCCAGCGUUACUGGGGCACACCAAUCCCUGUGAUUCACUGCCAGUCCUGUGGAACUGUCCCUGUGCCUUUGGAAGACUUGCCUGUGACUCUACCCAACAUCACGUCCAUCACGGGCAAGGGAGCCUCCCCCUUGGCCACAGCCUCAGAGUGGAUAAACUGUUCCUGCCCCAGGUGCAAAGGUACAGCCACAAGAGAGACUGACACCAUGGAUACAUUUGUUGAUUCAGCGUGGUAUUACUUCAGAUACACUGACCCGCAGAAUACUCACAGCCCCUUUAACAAAGCCAUGGCCGAUUACUGGAUGCCUGUGGAUCUCUACAUCGGAGGAAAGGAGCAUGCAGUGAUGCAUCUGUUCUAUGCAAGAUUCAUGAGCCAUUUUUGCAAUGCACAAAAAAUGGUCAAGCACAGAGAGCCUUUUCGUAAGCUGCUGGUUCAAGGCCUUAUCAAAGGGCAGACCUUCCGUCUACCAUCUGGCCAGUAUCUGAAGAGAGAGGAAAUUGAUCUCACUGGUAAAGACCCUGUUCAUGCAAAAACCAAAGAAAAGUUAGAAGUGACGUGGGAAAAAAUGAGUAAAUCCAAAUACAAUGGAAUAGAUCCCGAAGAAGUGGUGAAGCAGUAUGGGAUCGACACCGUGCGGUUGUACGUGCUCUUUGCGGCCCCUCCAGAAAAAGAUCUCCUGUGGGAUGUGAAAACUGAUGCUUUCCCAGGGGUGCUGAGGUGGCAGCAGCGCCUCUGGUCGCUGACAACCAAAUUCAUCGAGGCCAGGGCUUCUGGACAGGUGCCCAGCCCUCACUUGCUGAGUCCCAAGGAGCAAGCAGAAGCCAGGAAGCUUGGGGAAUACAAGAACUCUGUCGUCUCUCAGGUAACUACCCAUUUCACAGAAGAUUUCUUAUUGAAUUCUGCGGUUUCACACCUGAUGGGACUCAGUAAUGCACUCUCGCAAGCUUCCCCAAAACUCGUUCUACACAGUCCAGAAUUCGAGGAUGCUUUGGCUGCCGUCUGUAUAAUGGCUUCACCAUUGGCCCCUCACAUAACCUCAGAGCUCUGGGCAGGUCUGGCCCAUGUGAAGAAUAAGCUGUGCACUCAUUAUAACUGGGAUGCCAGUGUAUUGCAUCAGUCUUGGCCUGCGGUGGAUCUCAAACCCAAGCAGCCGCCUGACAUGGUGGAGAUGGCCAUUCUGAUCAACAACAAAGCUUGUGGCAAGAUUCCUGUGCCCUACCAGGUAGCCCGAGACCGUGAGAAAGUGCAUGAGCUGGUUCUCCAGAGUGAGCUGGGAAUGCAACACCUGCAGGGCCGCACUGUCACCAAGGCCUUCCUCUCUCCACGGACUGCGCUCAUCAACUUCCUGGUGCAGGACUGACAGAGGCUUUGGGGUCCCAGCCGCUAGCUUCCUGUGGCUUCCCGGGGAGGAAGGCAGAGCUAUCCCACCCAAGGUGUGGGAAAGACAAAAGUACUUUAGGGGACCGGUGCUGCCUUGAUGGCCGUACUAGAGUCCAGAGACGUCAGAGGGGCAAGUUUCCUGUGUCCUCCCCUUCCCCCCUGCAGGGGAACCCAGCCAGGCUUCAGAAUCAGCCCCAUGAUGCCAACAGGAGAAUUCACAAAUCAUGGGCACCAGGUGUUUCUGCUGUGGUGGAUGGGGUGCUGGUUAAUAAAAAUGGAGCUCAUGAUGAAGGA